AUGCUCCCCUCCAGUCCCAACGUCAUAGAGGUCUAUACUGGACCCAACUGCAUCCUCAAGUUGGGUCUGGACCCUAAACUGCUGGCCCAGAUCCUGAACAUGUCAUCAGGCAGGUGUUGGUCCAGUGACUCGUAUAACCCAGUACCAGGUGUCAUGGAGGGAGUCCUCUCUGAUAACAACUACCAGAGAUGCUUUGGGACCACGCUCAUGGCCAAGGUCUCUCCUUCUUUCUCUCUCAACCACAUUCCCCACCCCAGUACCCCCAGCCACAUCCCCCACCCCAGUACCCUCAGCCACAUCCCCCACCCCGGUACCCCCAGCCACAUGCCCCACCCCAGUACCCCCAGCCACAUCCCCCACCCCAGUACCCCCAGCCACAUCCCCCACCCCAUUACCCUCAGCCACAUCCCCCACCCCAGUACCCCCAGCCACAUCCCCCACCCCAGUACCCAAGCUACUCCCCCAGUACCCUCAGCCACAUCCCCCACCCCAGUACCCCCAGCCACAUUCCCCACCCCAGUACCCCCAGCCACAUCCCCCACCCCAGUACCCCCAGCCACAUCCCCCAGUAACCCCCAGCCACAUCCCCUACCCCAGUACCCCAGCCACAUCCCCCACCCCAUUACCCUCAACCACAUCCCCCACCCCAGUACCACCAGCCACAUACCCCACCCCAGUACCCUCAGCCACAUCCCCUACCCCAGUACCCCAGCCACAUCCCCACCCCAGUACCCCCAGCCACAUCCCCCACCCCAGUACCCUCAGCCACAUCCCCCACCCCAGUACCCUCAGCCACAUCCCCCACCCCAGUACCCCAGCCACACUGCUACUCCCCCAGUACCCCAGCCACACUGCUACUCCCCCAGUACCCCCAGCCACACUGCUACUCCCCAGUACCCCCAGCCACACUGCUACUCCCCAGUACCCCCAGCCACAUCCUCCACCCCAGUACCCCCAGCCACACUCCUACUCCCCAGUACCCCAGCCACACUCCUACUCCCCAGUACCCCAGCCACACUGCUGCUCCCCCAGUACCCCCAGCCACACUCCUACUCCCCCAGUACCCCCAGCCACACUGCUGCUCCCCCAGUACCCCCAGCCACACUGCUGCUCCCAGUACCCCCAGCCACACUGCUGCUCCCCCAGUACCCCCAGCCACACUCCUACUCCCCAGUACCCCCAGCCACACUCCUACUCCCCCAGUACCCCAGCCACACUCCUACUCCCCCAGUACCCCCAGCCACACUGCUGCUCCCCAGUACCCCCAGCCACACUCCUACUCCCCAGUACCCCCAGCCACACUGCUGCUCCCCAGUACCCCCAGCCACACUGCUGCUCCUCCAGUACCCCAGCCACACUCCUACUCCCCAGUACCCCCAGCCACACUGCUGCUCCCCCAGUACUCCCAGCCACAUCCCCACUCCCCCAGUACCCCCAGCCACAUCCCCCACCCCAGUACCCCAGCUACUCCCCCAGUAUCCCCAGCCACAUCCCCCACCCCAGUACCCCAGCUACUCCCCAGUACCCCCAGCCACACUCCUACUCUCCCAGUACCCCCAGCGACAUCCCCCAUCCCAGUACUCCCAGCUACAUCCCCCAUCCCAGUACUCCCAGCUACAUCCCCCACCCCAGUACCCCAGCUACUCCCCCAGUACCCCCAGCUACACUCCCACUCCCCCAUACCCCCAGCCCCAUCCCUACUCCCCCAGUACCCUCAGCCACACCCUACUCCCCCAGUACCCUCAGCCACACCCCUACUCCCCCAGUACCCUCAGCCACACCUUUACUCCCCAGUACCCCCAGUACCCCCAGCCCCAUCCCUACUCCCCCAGUACCCUCAGCCACACCCCUACUCCCCAGUACCCUCAGCCACACCUUUACUCCCCCAGUACCCCCAGCCCCAUCCCUACUCCCCCAGUACCCUCAGCCACACCCCUACUCCCCCAGUACCCUCAGCCACACAUUUACUCCCCCAGUACCCUCAGCCACAACCCUACUCCACCAGUACCCCCAGCCACACCCCUAAUCCCCCAGUACCUACAACUCUAA